GAAAAAAAGAAAUGAAAAAUUAAAUCCCAACCCACCCAUUUCUCUCUGUGUCUGACACUCACUCUCAUACAAAGAAGAGAAAAUAAAACACACUACAGAGACUCACGUUCACACAUAACAGAACAGAAACCAUCACUAUAACAAUAAUAACCAUAACCGCCCUUCUCUCUCCGCAUCUUCUUCUCUUUGUGGUGGUUAUUGAUGGUGUCGAUUAAUGGGAUGGAGCAGAACAACGUGAUCGCACCGUUCGUUAUAAAGACAUAUCACAUGGUCAACGAUCCGAGCACCGAUUACCUUAUAGCAUGGGGCCCAGCGAACAACAGCUUCAUCGUCGUCGACCCUCUCGACUUCUCUCAGUCUCUACUCCCUGCCUUCUUCAAGCACAACAACUUCUCCAGCUUCGUUCGCCAACUCAACACCUAUGGUUUCAGAAAGGUGGAUCCAGAUAAGUGGGAGUUUGCAAACGAGUGGUUUCUGAGAGGGCAGAAGCACUUGCUGAAGAAUAUAGUUAGGAGGAAGCACGGCACGAGGAGCUAUAAUUCUUUGCAUUUCAACAACCACCACCACGGUGGCAAGCAGCAGAUUUUAGCGGCGGAGGAGCUCGACGAUGAAGCCAUGAUGGUGGAGAUAGCGAGGCUGAAGGAGGAGCAGAAGGCUUUGGAACAAGAGCUUCAAGGGAUGAACAAGAGGUUGGAGACAACCGAGAAGAGACCACAGCAAAUGAUGGCUUUUCUAUGCAAGGUCGUCGAGGAUCCCGAGGUUCUAUCCAGGGUUCUUCUUGAGAGGGAGACCAGGCAAAUCGCCGACAAGAAGCGCCGCCUUAUCACGGCUGCGACCUCCUCGUCUUCGUCUUCUGGUGUUGCCGUCAAGACGGAACUCGAGGAGGAGGAACCAACUGUCGGGAAUAUAAUAUCUUCUUCGCCAGAAACCGGCUUCGAAAUUGAUAAUUUUUGCCACGUGGCGUCGCCGUCUCCGCCGCAGGAGGCGGCGCUGGUGGCCAUGGGGUGGUUGGGGCAGCCGCGGCCGAGGAUUGGUCAUCACUACCAACAGCAGGGGCAUAAUGGAUAUAGAAGUUAUAAUAACAAUUAUAAUUAUAGUUCCGCCGCCACACCGAAGCCGUUGACGGUGGUUCCUCCGACGGCGCCGCCGCAGGGUAAUGGCACUGGUGGAGGAAAAGGUCACGUGAACUUUUUUAGUGAAAUGGCGGCGGAGAAUAGUCCACGGCCACCUUAUCCGUUUUCACUAUUAGAAGGUGGAUUCUAAGAUUGUAUCUAUUUUUGUUAGAUUUUUACAAUAUCAUGCAUUUUAUAUUCUAUCUAUAGUAAUUAGUAAAUUCUAGGGAUAUAUUUAUAUAUAUAUAUUUUAACAUUUA